ACAAUUUGACCAAAACCCUUGAGAUCCCAAUUUUCCUCCGAAACAAUGGCGGCUUCAUCGUCUUCCUCCUCCUCAGACGUGUCCUCCGAUUCGUCAGACUCUAAUCGCCGCCGCAAGGAUCGCCGUCGCUACCGUAGAAGCGAUCGGGAGAAGGACUCGCUCAAGGUACGGAAGAAGAGCCGGUCCAGCUCGAAACGACGCCGUAAGCGCCGGCACUCUUCGGAUUCCUCUGAUUCGUCUUACUCCGAUUCCUCCAGUGAGAGCUCAGAGAGUGAGCAUGAGAGGUCACGAAGGCACAAGAAGCACGACAAGCCAAAGAAGGCUAAGGAUAAGGAGCGAAGCAAGAGUCAUCGUCAUAAACGUCAUAAGAACAGAGACAGAAAGAAUGGAGAAGGAGAAGGAAGCAGCGGGCCUGUUAAGCUAUCCAAGUUUUUGGGUCGAGACAAGGACGAUGGUGAGCGUAGAAGUGCUGUCUCUGGGAAAAAGAUUAUGCUGAAGGUUGACAAGUCCAAAGAGGACAAAGCUGCAGAGAGCAAGAGGAAUGAGUUGCUUAAGUUCUUGAAUGCAAGUUUCGACUAGUUUUAUUCUGAACACCAAAAAUGUAUCAGGCCCUCUUUGAUUAGAUUCUAUGUUUGAUGAUUAAGAUUUUCGUUUUUGUUUAUCCAAAAGGACAAAUUUAUCAUGAAAUUGAGUUGGUAUUACAGCAUAUUGGAUUUGGUUUUCGUUUAA